GACACGCCCCCUCGUCCGCGGCCCCCUCCCCGCCUCUCUCCGCCGCUUCUCUCGCUCUCCGGUCAGAGGGCCGGAGCGAGAAGAUGGCGAAGACGUACGAUUAUCUGUUCAAGCUGCUGCUGAUCGGCGACUCCGGGGUAGGCAAGACUUGCCUCCUAUUCCGCUUCUCCGAGGACGCCUUCAACACCACCUUCAUCUCCACCAUCGGAAUUGAUUUUAAAAUCAGAACGAUAGAACUGGAUGGAAAGAAAAUUAAGCUUCAGAUAUGGGACACAGCAGGUCAGGAAAGAUUUCGAACCAUCACAACGGCAUACUAUAGAGGAGCCAUGGGAAUUAUGCUGGUCUAUGACAUCACAAAUGAAAAGUCCUUUGACAAUAUUAAAAAUUGGAUAAGAAACAUUGAAGAGCAUGCCUCCUCAGAUGUUGAAAGAAUGAUCCUGGGUAACAAAUGUGAUAUGAAUGACAAAAGACAAGUGUCAAAAGAAAGAGGAGAGAAGUUAGCUAUUGACUAUGGGAUUAAAUUCUUGGAGACAAGUGCAAAAUCCAGUACAAACGUAGAGGAGGCAUUUUUUACACUUGCACGAGAUAUAAUGACAAAACUCAACAGAAAAAUGAAUGACAGCAAUUCAUCAGGGUCAGGUGGACCAGUGAAAAUAACAGAGAACCGAUCAAAGAAGACCAGUUUCUUCCGUUGUUCGCUACUUUGAUGAACUCAGUUUCUGAGAGACUGCAGCACACCUAAAGGACCCUUUCCUGCUUCUCUGAAAGCACAGGUCAGCCAGCCUCAGAAUCACACCGCCUGGCUGCUGCUGAGAGCACCACUGAACCUAGACUUCUCAACACAGAAUGCCAUGUGGAUUCCAGCCUCAUGGCCUAUCACGUUCACAGGCUCCUUUUUUCAAACAUGGAAGCAAUGAAGUGGAGACAUACGCAGGACUUAACUUGUUUUUCCUUUGGUUUGUCCCAGAAGCUGCUAUCUUUUCUUUUUCACUUUGCACAUCAGUGUUAGCCUAUUCCUGCUACAGCACAGUUUCAGACUCAUAUUUGCACACUUUUGCCUCAUUAUAAGUUCUAGACAAAUUUGUGCACCUGCGGAUGUUUGGAAAAGUAAAACAUUUAAAGCAGAAGUUAACAUACUAAAAUUAAAAGAAGUUUAGUCUGGGUCGUGUGGCCAGAUAGAAUUUUUUUAAGGGCUCUAAUUUGUGAUUUCCUUAAAUAAGAAUCAUUAAAUUCUGAUAAAAGUGAUCUUAAAAAUUCAUUUAAAAUGUCCUUCUAUUCAUCAGAGGCCAUAAUUCCUUUAUUUCUUCAGGUUAUUUAGAAUUUUGCUUCAUUCCUGACCUUUUUGUUGGAAAGUUUGGGUAGCUGAAUAAGUCACUUUUUCAAUCGAUUACCUCUCUCUGAUCACUAGAAGCUACAUUUGGAAAUCACCUUAAUAUUGCGUUUCCUGGGGGUUAUAUUUACUGUUCUCUCCUAUGUUUGACCUCUUGUAACCACUCAGUGAUCAAAAACAUAACGUAUUUGAACAUUGUUGUCUGUUUCUAAUUGUGAACUUCUUGAGCUGAAAUUUUACAUAGGCAAAGAGAUGUACCAUUUAGAUCUUAUUUUAGCAUCUUAUUGUGGUUCUGUCAUAUCAGCAUCGUAAUACAUGCAAUGUAUUUUUUCUUAAGUUCACUCUUUAACUUGCUGGUUUCGUUUGUAAUACCCAGUCUCUACUGUGAUCCCUGUCUGCAAAAGUUAACAAGUAUUGGAUUUAGAUUUUUGUUUGUAGAAAGCUUACCUAUAGGGAGAUAGAUUAACUUGUUGCUAUCAAGUGUAACAGAGAUAGCUCUUGGUAAUGGUAAACAGAAUGAUUUUUUGUUCUGUUUUUACUUGAGCUCCCUUCUUCUUCUCCCCCCCCCUUCCUCCUCCUCCUCCUCCUCCUCCUCCUUCUUCUUCUUCUUCUUUAAACAAAGGUAAUUAGACCUAGUACAGCCUCUAGGAAAAGUCUUGCCUUUUUGUUAGAGAAAAUAGGAGCAAGAUUUUCCAUUUUAAAACAUCUGUUAUUGAAUGUGUAGAACCCGGUUCCAUCUGUUUGGGUUUAUUGUUAUAGAACUCGGUCCAGUCAUUUGGGCCAAAACCAGCCAAAAGCUCAGCUGCCUUUCUAACCAGACAGUGGUACUGGGAUACCUUUUGUAGAUGAAACCUUCACAUAAGAAAAAAAUAAAAAGCUAUUUAGUGUUAACUUAUGUGCCAAAUUCAGAUCAUGUUGUUGUUAUUCUAGCCUUCGAUGUCAUAAUACAGCAGGGAGUAAUGAGUAGGUGAUUAGGGAAAUGAAUUCUGCUAAUAAUUAUCCUUCCUGUUAGGCUUUUUAUGUUUCAUGAAGGUUACCAUCAUGCUUGACAGUUGAGAGUGGAGAUGAAAAUGGAAAUGAAUUGCUUGUUCAAGCAAUGGAUUCAAGCAAAUGGAUUGCUUCAAAUCAAGACAUAACUAAUUGGAAUGCUUGGACCCAUCAGACCUUUACUAUUGUUUGAAAACUUGUGUACAGUUUAGCAGCUGCAAAUAUACCAGAGCUAUUUUUGAUGCAUACACUAAACUUCAUGUUGGCAGAUCUCAGCCUUCUUGAUUUCGUUUGUUUGUUUGUAUUUACCUAUAGGCCUACAGGCACCUGGUUAUAUCCCAGUCUAAUCAGUAGUUGCUUGAUUGAAAGUUGAUUGUACAUCUACCAUAUUAAAAUUAGCUCAGUUUUUGGAAAGAAAAAAUAAUUUCUUAGAACCAUCUCUUAUUUACUAAUUUUCUGAAAAAGAUCCAAGCAGUUAAGCUUUCUGAAUGGUAACGAAAUACUUUCUAAAAGGCAAGUGCUAGGACACCAUGUAUGAAUGUAAUUCUCCUAGUAAUUUACCUCUGACUAUUUGGUGUCUUAACACUUUGGUUUAUAUCUCAGGGGUUGUCUGCAAACCAAAACUGACAUAUUCUGUGGUUAGCUUUUGUUUUUUUGUUUUUAAACACAAUGCUUUGCUUUUGUUUCAUUCCUUCUCUCUUCUUUUGUCUGAUGUGGGUUAAUAGUUAGUCUCCACGAUCUUCCCUUUGAAAGAGCCUGUAAAAGUUAGAUGAGUCUAAAAGUGCUCUUUGAAGUAGCAGCAAUUUGGAGGUAGAUCCUCUGUUAUAUAGAAAUAAAUCGUCCUUGCUAUUUUCUUACGUUUAGCUUUGCUAAAUUGUAUAUAAUUUGAGCUAAGACCAUAGGAAGUUCACUUUCUGCAUGGUAAAAUGACCCAAUAAAUAUUCCACUUUGCUUAAUAAUGUACAUAUAGUGCAUUAUUUUUUCUAUGUGUAGAUGAAUUUAGUGACAGAUAAUUGUCUGUUCCCUGCUGAAACUGAGGAAAGCUAGUUUGUGUGAAUAUGUUUGUGGUCUUACGGACAAGGUACAGAAAGGCGUUUGCAGCAGUAUUUGUGGUUCGGGGGCUGCACGUGACUAUCAGUGUGCUGACUCUUGACAAUGAUUGGACUAGACCUUUUCAAGUAGAGUCUGAGGAUUUCAGACACUGAAGAUGUGCUGUAACUCAGUAGCAUGUAAACCAGUUGAUUGUAAAACGUUUCACUGGGAAUUUAUUUUAGCUAUGUUUUACUUCGUACAGAUUAUGAGAAAAUAAUCCACCUGUGCAUUGGUUAGGAGGUGCCGCAGGGUUUCUUACUAUUUACAUGAACAUUUUGUGCAGUCUUUGUUAUAAAUGUUCAGAAGACUAUACUCUUUACUUUGAAGGACUAUUUUUCAUUAUACCUCAUUUAGCUAACUAGUAUUCUAAUACCUGAUAGAAAACCAGUGAGCCAGCCUUGAAGCCUCCAACACCAUUUAGAUUAUAUGUUUUGUUUUGGACUAAAGACAUCAUUGGAAAAGGUAGGAGAUAGCUUAUUCUAGAAUAGAACAUACAUGUCAUAGCCACUAGUGCGAACAAGGUAUGAUCUCCCUGUCUCCCUUAAGAAAUUUAGCUGUGCAAUAUAGAUGAACGUUUGCAGAAAUUUCUAAGUAAGAGAUUAUAAUUCCAUUUUACAGAUUCUGAAUGCUGAGAAUCUGUAUUAAGACUUAUAAAGUUUUUCCUGUGAACAGUAAGUGAUGCAUUUAAGCAGAUUUUAUUUUCUAGUUCAUGACUUAGCUUUCUUUAUAAAUUUAGUACUUAAUCUUUAAAGAUGAGCUUUUAAGCUUCAAAUUUUAAUACAGCAUUUCAUUAUGUUGGUUUACUUAUCUCAGAUUUUAAGCACUCAUUUCUGCCAUCAGGUUUUUUAGAAUUUUUCUUCUAACAGAAAAGACAUUCCUUUUCCCUUCUUGUUAUAUGCAAAGAAGGGAGGGAAAUGGAAUGUCCAAAAAAAAAAAAAAGAGAGAGAGAGAGAGAAAGAGAAGAGAGAUUUCUUGUCCUAGAGGGACCUAGAGGGAAUAUGCUAAUAAAAUUUUAAAUCUCAGCACAAUUUUACAGAGAAUCAGUCUUUUUUUUUUUUAAGACUAAUAAAAUUAACGCGAGUCCUGUUCAGUCUGAAAAAAUUCUAAAUGACUGAAAUUUACAGAAGUAAAUAUCAGCAAAUAAUUAUUUUAGGGAUAUUUUCAAAUUUUACUUCAUUUUUUGAAAUGCUUGUGCCAUAUGCGAUUGCAUUUCUUAUUGCCAAGAACUAAUAGAACUUCUGGUUUCAUUUUCUUACCUUUUUAAAAAUGUGAACUUAAUUAUUAUAAUUCAUUCCUAUGGCCUUACAGAUGGGUUAUAUUUUGUUUUUUGCAGCUGACACUGCAGUUCCUUCAGUGCAAAAUGCCAUAAACUAUUUGACUAAAAUCAUGCCCCCAAUGGGAAAUACUAGUUUUUCCAUAGAUUUAUCCUUCUGUAUAUGUUUCAGCAUAUUUUAUUUUUGCUUCAACAGCUUAAUGUGAAAAGCUCCUGCAGAUAAAGUGAACCUGUCAUGUGGUUAAUCUUGUUUAAGCCAAUUCAUUAACUGUAUACUGAUACUGAUGCUGUGGUUUGGUUUGGUUUUGUUUUUAAAUGGAUUUUAUUCCAGGUGAACUUUUUUUUACAGUAAUGUUCGUCUAAAAUAAAAACUACGUAAUGAAAA